UAAGCGACUGACAAUGUUCAGUUGGUAGACUAACGGUUCGCGCGCAAGAAAAACUAAAAACUAGCUAAAAAAGCGAAACAAAAGUGCAUUAACAAAACGAUCUAUUCGUCAUACCCAUACUCAAUUUAUUGAUCGAACGAUCUGUCAUACACUGUGUGAAAUAAGUCUUUGAAAAGUGUUAGACGCAGCAAGAAACAAAAACAAAACAACAGUGACGCAAACACACACAGACAUCAACCGAUAGAACUCGAACCCCUAGAAUUCAAAGCAUGAAUCUAUCAUUCGCUGGCUGCGGAUUCCUUGGCAUCUACCACGUCGGAGUCGCAGUCUGUUUCAAAAAGUAUGCACCUCAUCUGCUGUUGGAGAAAAUUGGAGGCGCCUCGGCCGGUUCGCUGGCCGCCUGCUGUCUCCUCUGCGAUUUGCCAUUGGGCAGCAUGACAUCUGAUUUCUUCCGGGUGGUCAACGAGGCGCGUCGCUACUCCUUAGGUCCCUUCAGUCCCUCCUUCAACAUCCAGACCUGCCUGCUCGAGGGUCUGCAGAAGCAUCUACCAGAGGAUGCCCACAAACGGGUCAACGGCAGGCUGCACAUCUCCCUGACCCGCGUCUACGACGGCAAGAAUGUGAUAAUUUCGGAAUUCGAGUCUCGGGAAGAGGUGCUCCAGGCCCUGCUCUGUGCCUGUUUUAUUCCCGGAUUUUCGGGCAUACUGCCGCCCAAAUUCCGUGGCGUCCGUUACAUGGACGGUGCCUUCUCCGAUAAUCUGCCCAUUUUGGACGAGAACACCAUCACAGUUAGCCCGUUCUGCGGUGAAAGUGAUAUCUGCCCGCGGGACCAGAGCUCACAGCUCUUCCACCUGAAUUGGGCCAACACCAGCAUUGAGAUCUCCCGACAGAAUGUCAACCGGUUCGUGAGGAUCCUCUUCCCGCCGCGUCCCGAAUUCCUGUCCAAGUUCUGCCAGCAGGGAUUCGAUGAUGCCCUUCAGUUCCUCCAUCGCAACAAUCUCAUCAAUUGCCGACGGUGUGUGGCGGUGCAGUCCACUUUCGUGGUCUCCGAAACGGUGGCCCAGCCAGAGGAGUUCGAUCCCGAGUGCCGGGAAUGCAAAAAGCAUAGAAAGGACGCUUUAAGCUCAAACAUGCCACAAACAGUGCUGGAUGUGAUCCAGGACUAUAUAGAACAAGCCAACAAGGGACUAGCCAACUGGAUCUUCAAGCAUCGCGGUAUUAAACUUUUAUCCCUGCCCGCCACAGUGCCCAUGGACUUUCUACUGGCCACCAUAUCCAAAAUCACCACUCUUACGCCCAAACUCACAAAGCAGGCAAGGAUAAUGGUGGAGGACUUUAUUGUACAAUUUAAUAAUGCUAUGCAAAUACGCCUGCUUAAUAAAUUUACGCUCUAUGACCAGCCCCAUUUCGAUGCCACUGGGCUUCUGCAUUCCAGCCGACUCUAUGGACCUCGAGUAUCCAUUCUCGUAGAUGAAUGUGGUGCUACUCCUCUGGAAGACGAUGUCGAUAACUUUGAGCACGUCCUCAAAAUGACCACGCACAACGACGCUCUCUAUGCCUACUAUUACACCGACAAUAACACCAACAAGGUCAAAGUAACCGAAAUCUUUGACUUUGACGAUAUGACGGAGCACGAUGAACUGGCCACUGAUCUGCAAAUAUACGAGGGAUCCGUCGAGGAUCAUCCCAAUCCCCACCAGCACAGCCACAACACGGUGGUCAGUGAAUGGAAUGGCGUUGAAUCAGACUUUUUCAUCGAUGCCCAGACACCGAGCACGGAAGAAUGCAAAUCUUCAACGCCCCAGUUCGCGCUGGAUUUGGCGGCCGAGUCAGAUGCUAGUGUCCACAGCGAUCCUGAAGCUGAUCAGAGCUAUAGUAGCACAUCGACGGCGCACAACAGCGACAUGUACAUAGUCAUCGAAUGAGCCGGAGACUCCGGAGCGGAGGAUGGUCGUGGUCUCAGCUCAGUUAUUGUAACGAAACAUCUCCAAAGCGGCUCGUAGCAAAGCGAAAAGCCUAGUAGCGUUUCCAUUAGACAGUACCUUUAGUUUUAGUACGACCAACGUAUGUACCUAACUUAACUUAGCCGUAUGCUGCCAUUGUAUCAUCGUCAGUUCGUACUCGGCAAUUAGCAAAUAAUUGCAAUCUGUUAUUAUUCACCCUCACACCACUGUGUACGUCAUCUAAAUCCCAUCUGUGUUUAAGUUAAAUUUAAAAUGUAUAAACCAUAAAUAAUAAAAAGAUUAAUAAUUUAAA